AAUAUCUAAAUGCACCUAUUACUCCUAUCCUUUCAAAAAACACCAGCACAAUGAAAGUUGACUCUGUUGAGAAAAGUUCAACCAAUAAACUUAAUAAAGAAAAAGGUCCUGAGACUUUCACUUCAAAAAUAACUAUACAAAAAAUCACUAUGAGUGUUAACGAGUCUUUUGACGUGUCAAAAAAUUUGUUAGACACUUCAACCCUUAAUUUUGAAGCAUCUUCAACUCAAAUUGUAAAAUUUUUCACAUACAUCCUUAUGAAAAAAUUUCUUAGACUAAACUCUCAAAUGAAGAUCUCAAAGAUUACUGAUCUGUACUAUAACAAAUACAACUCGUUUAUUAAUGCUACAAGAGAAAAGCAUCCUAUUGAUCAGAACUAA